AUGUCGACACCCGCCAAUCACUCCCCCACGUCGAUCCUGCUUCGUGCUCCACGCGGCAAAGCCGCGAACGGGCCAUCCGAUCCAUCCGAAAGCCGGGUCGUCCCGGCGACGGUUCGCCCCGGCCGUUACGCCCCACCGGAGUCGUUGCUCCAGACGCUGGACGACGCCUUGGCGAGAGACGGUGGCGGCGCUGAUCUACGGCUGAUCGCCCUACGUGAAGUGCAGCGUGCUCGCGUGCUGGUGGACGACAAGCUCAAGUUAUUCAUCUCGGCCGGACAGCUAGCGAAAUAUCAUCAACUCGAUGAAAUUUUGGCCGCGAUCAACAAGGCGCCACAGACGACUACUUGGUCUUCGGCUGCGUCAUCGCUCUGUGACUUUAUUCGCAUUCCUGGACGUGGUAUACGCUUCAUGUGCACGUCACGUAACAUGUCUGCCAAGCUAGGUGGCUCUGCGGGUCCGAAUUUUUGGUUCGGACUACAUCAUCAAGGCCGCAAGUGCAUUCGACCGGAUGUACUUCGUGAAUUUGAAGAACGUGCCAUCCGAUCUCGAUGA